UUUCUCUUCUCUUUUUCUGUCCAAUGAGACAUGCGCAAUGCAACUAAUGAGUCCGUAUUUCAUAAUGUCAUAAUUUCACAUGAUACAUGUGCCACCAUUUGACUCUGCGUCAAAUACAUGUGUGCCAAGCGACUGGAGCGGAGACUAUACACACCCCCAAAACUGGGUGUCAGCGUUGGCCUAUUCAAAAUUGUAUGAUGGGUCUUUUUGGGUUAUUUCUAGCGAAUGACUCAGAAAUCUUGAUCUUUAAUGGCCAAGGUCCCUGAAAAUGUCACUCGGUCACGUCAUACACAGAGGGCGUGGUCAAGGUUAUUAUAUUACACGUAAUUUUUCAAUGACUCGUAAUUCACUACCGUCCGGAAGGCGGGUGCGUUUUAUAAACCUCGGGGUUUUGUUCAGCUGUGGCCUCCAGUAUCGUGAUUUAAGGGAACCCUGGGAUUUUUAUAUUUUCUGCACGCUAUUACCAUGGAAUCAUAAACACGAGGCCAAUGUUUAUGUUAGUUUUGCCGAGUAUCAAAGACUCCAUAAAAAUUAUUGUGGAGCCGGUGACGGACUCAAAGCUGUUUUCGAAACCGUGCUUUGGAAAAUGGGCUGACGUGAAAUACACGUUAUUACGCAUUUCGUACUAGCCCUAGUCUUCCAAAAUAAUUGGUCAUAAAUUUCAGCGAGAUUGUCCGGUUUGCGAGGCCGAUUUUCAGUGGAAACUUUGUGGUUUGUUUGUGGCUCAUUUUCCCCGUUUCGAUCGAGAUGCGUUCGGUGCUCGUUACGGGAGCAAAUCGAGGGAUCGGUUUGGAGUUUGUCCGCCAGUUACUCCAACUUGAAGAGCCUCCGCUAUACGUCUUCGCCUGCUGCCGAGCGCCUGAAGACGCAGAGGCGUUGCAAAGUCUGACAAAAGACAAACAGCAGUUGAAGAUCAUCAAGUUAGAUGUCACCGACGAGGCGACGUUCCCGGAGGCCGUUGCGACGGUGGACCGAGCUGUCGGCGAGGAAGGGCUGGGAGUUUUAAUCAACAACGCCGGCGUGCUGCAGCGAGGAGGCACGGAGACAACCAGCAUGGCGGACAUGGAAGAAAGUUACAGGGUUAACGUCAUGGGACCACUCGCUGUUUCGCAGGCUUUUCUACCCGCUCUGAAGCGAGCAGCCAAUCGCGCAUGCACGGACAGCCCGAAACAACUGAGCACCGAUCGAGCAGCAAUCGUUAAUAUCACGUCCGCACUCGGGUCAUUCCAACUAUGCACGUCAAGUAGAUACAUUCCGUACAGAACAACUAAGGCUGCUUUGCACAUGCUCACUAAGUGCAUGAACUUUGACCUACGCCCGCAAGGCAUCCUGGUAGUGGCGCUUCACACUGGGUGGGUCCAGACCGACAUGGGAGGCAAGAACGCCUCCCUGACUCCCAAGAAGAGCAUCCAGGGGAUGCUGCGAGUCCUGGCACGUCUGAGGGAAAAGGAUGCGGGAAAAGCAUUCACGUGGGAGGGGAAAUUGUUGCCGUGGUAACAUGACUUCACUGAAGUGGAACAUAUGUGCGCUGUAUGGUAGUCUGGUUCCUAGACCAAAAGAUCCUGAACUCCCGACAGAUCUUCAAUCUCAGAUUUAGAGAGACAAGGGUGAUCUUCAAGUCAGGGAACCAGACUACUCAGGAUUGUAGAUACACAUGGACAGGGCAUCUCAUCUAUAAUAUGGACUUUUUUCGUUUGUAAACUUUGAGCGCCAUUUUGUAUGGGCUGCCACAUGGACAUACAUUUAAGCCGUGAGUGGUUGUCAACACUCAUUAUUUAAGAAAGAAAUGUUUUUAAACAGCUGUUAUUGGUAACGUUCAUUGCAUUAUGUUUGAAAACAUUAAUGACUAUUCUUUAUUUUUGCGACGUUGGCCUUCCAUAGUUGCCAAAAUAUGGCUUGGCAAAGAACGAUAAUUAUGGCACCUUUGCACGACUGCUUUGAAAGAGAGGCUCGACUGAUGGUAAUCUUUGAUUGCUCGAAUGGAUUCUAUUGCAAUACAGCAACCUACCGAGCGAUGACGAGAAUUACAGAAUCUUGUAGUACAUUUUGAGCAGGGCUAUUAUGAUGCUGCCCCCUCUUCUGGAAUCGAACGGCUGCUGCGUCAUGCCCAUGCCUGUCGAUAAAGUGGCGGAUCUAGGAUGUUAAGGGUCGGGUGGCUAGGUGGUGUAGUCCAAUAUUUCAAGGGGGGGAGGAGAGGGGGAUGUUGACCCAUGAACCGUCCCAAAAAGACAGAGUGCCUGCCUGCAAAUCGAGAUUUGCAAUGUUCAAUGACGUUAGUUGGGGAUCUUACGGAAAUUGGUGGUAGUUUUCCCCACUAUGUAAAUAUUAUGUAGGCCUAGUUAACAUCAGUCAGUCGCCAGAUUUUUUUUUGGGGGGGGGGCGGUUAGCCACUCAAACCUCCCCUUGUUACGACUUGGGUCCACGUAAGUCGUAACAGUUUGUAACAUAGUAUUUCACUUGUAAAGAGAGUAAAACGCGCUAUAUAUGGAAACAAAAAUUUACAAUAAACUUCGUAGAGAAUUACUUUUUA